CCUACAUGCGGAAGCAAAAGCAAUGAACGCUGGGAAUGUCACGCAGCCCGAAACAGCCAGUCGUUUCGGUUCACUCAACCUCUGUGUUUAUUUUAGUUAAAGGCAGCAACGAGGGCCCGGUCCGGUAAAAUGGGCUAGUUCGGGUCUCGUUGCUGUCAAACGCGUUUACGUAAUUAUCUUUCUUUCGCGUGUCCGCCGGGAAAAUGAAGUGUAGCCCCGGAUCGCUUCAGAUGCACGCGGCAUCCAACGCGCUUUUCAUAAACAUCGUCUCUGAAAUAACAACAAACCUCUGUCAACCCGAUGCAUCCCUUCAAUUCACUUCGGUCCCAGUUUACAGAUACUGACAUGGACUAUGAGAGGCCUAAUGUGGAGACUAUUAAAUGUGUGGUGGUAGGGGACAACGCUGUGGGCAAAACCCGGCUUAUCUGUGCCCGUGCAUGUAAUGCCACCCUAACACAGUACCAGUUACUCGCCACACAUGUGCCCACGGUCUGGGCCAUCGACCAGUACAGGGUCUGCCAAGAGGUUCUGGAGCGCUCCAGAGAUGUCGUGGAUGAUGUAAGCGUGUCUCUCCGAUUAUGGGAUACCUUCGGAGACCAUCACAAAGACCGUCGGUUUGCUUACGGGAGGUCAGAUGUGGUGGUCUUGUGCUUUUCCAUCGCCAACCCGAAUUCUCUGUUUCACGUGAAGACCAUGUGGUACCCAGAGAUCAAGCAUUUCUGCCCUCGGACCCCGGUCAUUUUGGUGGGCUGCCAGUUAGAUCUGCGUUACGCCGAUCUGGAGGCCGUUAACAGAGCCCGGCGGCCCCUUGCAAGACCCAUCAAAGCAAACGAAAUUCUUCCUCCGGAGAAGGGUCGGGAGGUGGCCAAAGAGCUGGGCGUACCGUACUACGAGACCAGUGUGGUGGCACAGUUUGGAGUAAAAGACGUGUUCGAUAAUGCCAUCCGUGCUGCUCUCAUCUCACGCCGCCACCUGCAGUUUUGGAAGUCCCACUUGCGUGACGUCCAGCGGCCUCUCUUGCAGGCGCCCUUCCUACCUCCUAAACCUCCCCCUCCCGUUAUAACCGUCCCAGCACCUCCAUCCACCACAAAGGAACAUCCGGGGAGUCUGCUGGAGGAACCGCUGUGUGCCGAUGUAGUUCUGGUUCUCCAGGAAAACCAGAAAGUCUUUGCUCAUAAGGUUUACCUUGCCACUGCCUCCUCCAAAUUCUACGACCUUUUCCUCCAGGAUUUAAAAGCCGAGACAGACGGCAGGCAACCUCAUGGACGGGAGCCACCCGCCCGUGCUGCCAGCUUUGACAUGUGUGAGAGCAGCGAUGAAGAUGGCAAGGCCAACCUCAGGACCUGCAUCAGUGAUGAUACCCUGAUCGGGUCAGACUCGGAUGGGAUCUUGGAAGGCGGUCGUACGAGAAGGCUUUUGUCCUCAUUAGGCCGGGCUUUCGUAAGCAUCAAGACAGAAACCGUAAAAGACCCCAUUACGUUAAACUGUCGGCCAAUGACGGUGGUACAUAUGGACCCCUCCGUGUUGUUUGGCCCGUUUCGUGUGGUGCUCGGUUACCUUUAUACAGGACAGUUGGAUGAACACGAGAAAGACUUGAUGCACAUCGCCCACAUCGCAGAACUGCUGGAGGUGUUCGACCUGCGCAUGAUGGUCGCCAACAUCCUGAACAACGAGGCUUUCAUGAACCAAGAGAUCACUAAGGCUUUCCAUGUACGACGGACCAAUCGCGUGAAGGAAUGCCUGGCUAAAGGAACUUUCUCAGAUGUGGUUUUUAAACUUGAUGAUGGUACCGUUGAAGCUCACAAGCCCCUGCUCAUCUCCAGCUGUGAUUGGAUGGCAGCCAUGUUUGGUGGGCCAUUUGUCGAGAGCUGUACUAAAGAGGUGUUGUUUCCGAACACGACUCGCAGUAGUAUGCAGGCUGUGCUGGAAUAUCUCUACACGGGACGCUUCUGCUCCAGACCUGACCUGGAAGCCAUGGAGCUCAUUAUUCUAGCCAAUCGCCUUUGCCUGCCUCACCUGGUCGCCCUAACAGAGCUCCACACUGUAUCUGUCCUGAAGGAGGCGGCUGCCAUGGGAACGGACAUUGAUGGAGAUGUGAUGGUUUAUCUGGAGAUGGCUCAGUUUCACUGUGCCUACCAGCUCACCGACUGGUGCCUUCAUCACAUCUGCACCAAUUACAACAACGUGUGCCGCAAAUUCCCAAGAGACAUGAGGGUCAAAUCCGCAGAAAACCAGGAAUACUUUGAGAAGAACCGCUGGCCUCCAGUUUGGUACCUGAAAGAGGAAGACCACUACCAAAGAGAUCGGAAGGAACGGGAAAAGGAGGACUUUUUGUCCCAAAAGAGGCAGAGCAAACGUAAAUGGGUGCUCUGGAAUCUUCCGUCCUCUUCGUCAAACCCUUCAUCCUCUUCCUCGGUCUGAUAGUCAGGAUGAGGACACAUCCAUCAGAUCCUGGACCUUCUUCAAAACUGUGCUGCUUUGAAAUAUUAUAGUUCUGGAUUAUAAACACUGCUUUUACAUUUUUUGGUGCUUGAAGGUCAUGGACGCAAAUCGUUCAGGCAUCACUUGAGACAUGGUGCCAGGCAGGUCUGAAAAUCGGUGUAAAAUGUUUACGGGUUGUCCUGUGUGAAGUCAGUUGCCUCCAUGAACUCAUAGUGUGCAGAAUCGAACCAUCUCAUCUCUAAACACUAAAGAAACUCUCUGUCCAUAUUAGUAAAGCCAUUGUUUCGGCUGGAGACCCAAUACAGUACCAAAUUGUUUUAUGCAAGAUUUAAAAAUGUCAUGCAGACAGAUAUCCCUAAAAUCACACAUUUUAGACAAUUAAACUGUAUUAUAACUUUUGUUUCUUAAGCUCAAAUUGAGCU